AUGAAUAAUGGCUUGUUUUGGUCUGGAGGUGGGGGAAGAAGGGAAGCAGUGAAGGUGCCAUCGGAAAUAAUGGUGGGUUGGACAAUGAAAGUCACCGGAAAUAAUGGUGUCAAGGGGCUUGUUUUGUUGCAUUCUGGUUCAUUCUGCAACUUUGUGCCAACCAGAGAUGAAGAAGUGAAUGUAUUUGAAUCUAAGACCAUCCAUUGGAUGGUUGAAUCCUUUGUUGAAACAUGUUUAAUUGUGUUUAAUAGCCAACCUCCUCGAAAUCCAAACUAUUAUCCAGAUCCGAAUCAAUAUUCGUACCAACCUCCUCAAAACAUACAAAAUUUUAACCAGUCAUCAAUUGUUCCAAACUCUCAUCCAUCUUAUGGAUCUGUGAGAUAUUCAUCUCAAACACCUCAGUCUAGUGGUUAUAUGCUAGUGGUUCCUGAAAAUUUUCCGAGUGUUGAUGUAGCGGAAUUUCCGGAAUUUUCAACACAAGUCAAUCUUGGUGGCGGGUCAGCUGAUAAUGAAGUCAAUGAAAUCACUCCUAAGAGCAAAAAAGCCCAUUUACCCGCAUGGAACACUGCACAAAAUCUAGUGCUAAUUAGUGGGUGGAUUAAUUGCGGAACAAACAGUGUUGUCGGAAGAAACCAGAAAGGAGAAACAUUUUGGAGAGAUAUUGCUGAGUAUUGUAAUGAGCAUUGCUCAUUCGAUCCUCCGCGCGAUUGGGUUGCCUGCCGAAACCGUUGGAAUUAUAUGAACACAAGACUGGGUAAAUGGAUUGGCGCUUAUGAUAGCGCUAAGCGUGAGCAUCGAAGCGGUUGGUCGGAGGAUGAUGUUAUCGCAAGAGCGCAGGAAUUAUACGCAAGUGAAAAGAUUGGUCAAUUUACUUUGAUGGAAGAAUGGCGCGUUCUCCGUGAUCAACCACGUUUUUGUAGUCAGGUAGGAGGAAAUAGUGGCUCGAGAAGUAGUGGAUCUAAGAGAUCACACGACAGUGAUGCAAGUGGCUCAAACUCUAUAGGAUCAAUUCCUCGUCCAAUGGGUAGGGAGGCAGCAAAAAAAAAGAGUAAAAAGAAAAUUAGAGAAGAUGCCGACGAGGUGGUGGACAAAGAGUGGGAUUCUUAUAUCCAUUUCAAGGAGAAAGAGCUUGAAAAAUUGGAAAAGAUAGCAUCGGCGCAAGCAGAGACUAACGAAUUGAUGAAAGAGAAGACUAAUGCGAUGAAAGAGAAGACUAAUGCUAAGAAAGUUAGUAUGUAUCUAAAGCUAACUUCGGAAGAGCAUCUCAGUGACCGUAAGAAAGAGUUGUUAGAGCAGUUGUCCAAAGAGCUAUUUGGAAAUUAAUUUCAAGCGAGUCUUUGUCUGUAAUCGGUCAAACUUGUCAGUGGUGUGAAGUCUGUAGUGUUUGCUUUAAUGUUUGCUUUAAUAAUUUUCAAGUGGUGACAGCUAUGUAAUGUUUGCUUUAAUGUAUGGGUAACUGUGUUUGAAUAUGUACCAUUCAAUUCGAAUCUUGUCCUUUUCCGAUAACUUAUUUCAAAUCCACCAGUGGUGUCAAGUCUGUAGUGUCUGCUUUAAUAAUUUGCCCGUGGUGUUAGGUCAGUAGUGUUUGGCUUUUAUGAUUCUCGGGUAACUGUGUUUGAAUAUGUGCCACUCAAUUCGAAUCUUGUCCUUUUCCGAUAAUUAACUCUGGUUGAUAACUUAUUUCAAAUCCACCAGUGGUGUCAAGUCUGUAGUGUUUGCUUUAAUAAUUUGCCCGUGGUGUUAGGUCAGUAGUGUUUGGCUUUUAUGAUUCUCGGGUAACUGUGUUUGAAUAUGUGCCACUCAAUUCGAAUCUUGUCCUUUUCCGAUAAUUAACUCUGGUUGAUAACUUAUUUCAAAUCCACCAGUGGUGUCAAGUCUGUAGUGUUUGCUUUAAUAAUUUGCCCGUGGUGUUAGGUCAGUAGUGUUUGGCUUUUAUGAUUCUCGGGUAACUGUGUUUGAAUAUGUGCCACUCAAUUCGAAUCUUGUCCUUUUCCGAUAAUUAACUCUGGUUGAUAACUUAUUUCAAAUCCACCAGUGGUGUCAAGUCUGUAGUGUUUGCUUUAAUAAUUUGCCCGUGGUGUUAGGUCAGUAGUGUUUGGCUUUUAUGAUUCUCGGGUAACUGUGUUUGAAUAUGUGCCACUCAA